AUGGAGACGAGUGAUGCUUCAGAAAUUUCAAAUACUCAAGUAAAUGUUACAAUUAACAGACCAAUCAGAAUUUUACAUUUCAGCGAUGGGGUUGAAGAAGAAAUUCAGGAAGCAAAUGUUAAUGAAUUAGCAAGCGUACCCAAAAUUGAAGAUAAUAUUGACCCAACAACACUAUCGUGGGGUCCAUGGUUUUCUCAUUAUGCAAUGAAGUCAGGAAAAAAAGUAUUAAAUGCAGUGGAUUAUGCAGGGGAGUCCCUCGCUAACUUCUUCGGUAUAACCACCCCAAAGUAUCAGAUUGAAAUAGAUGAAUAUGAAAGAAUUAAGGAAGAAAAAAAGAAGAUGGAAGAAGAAUCCAUUGGAUGGGUGCCAAAAAAUGGUGGUGGCAAUAUACCAUUGGUGUUAAAUGAGCCAACAAAAGUAUUACACAAAAUUAAUAAUAAUUCCUCAUAA